AUGGAUAUCUCUAAGCCAGUAGGUUCUGAAAUCACAUCAGUUGAUUUUAGCAUCUUAAGUGCGGAAGAGAUUCGUAAUUUGUCAACAAAACAAAUUACAAAUCCUACUGUUCUAGAUAAUUUAGGACAUCCUAUCUCCGGUGGUCUAUAUGAUUUGGCUUUAGGUGCCUUCUUAAGAAACUUAUGUUCCACUUGUGGUUUGGAUGAAAAGUUUUGUCCAGGUCAUCAAGGUCACAUUGAAUUGCCAGUUCCAUGUUAUAACCCAUUAUUCUUCAAUCAAUUAUACAUUUACUUAAGAUCUUCAUGUUUAUUCUGUCAUCAUUUUAGAUUAAGAUCAGUCGAAGUUCACCGUUAUACUUGUAAGUUAAAAUUAUUACAAUAUGGUUUGAUUGAGGAAUCUUAUCAAAUUGAUAAUCUAACUAUUGGCGGUUUAGAUGAAAGUAUUACUGAUGCAGAAGAAGCUGAAGAAGAUAAUGCUUUAGAUGGUGAACAAAGCUCAAGAAUUAAAAACUUUGCUGACUCUUACGUUAAGGAGAUUAAAAUAAAACGUAACGAAUUCGUUGAAAUGGCUAUUGCUAAAGCUCUCUCCGAAGGUAAGACUAGCGUAAGAGGUACGUUCACUGCUAUUAUCAACGAUGAGAGAAAAAAAUUAGUUCACGAUUUCUACAAAAAAUUAUUAGCUAGACCAAAGUGUGAUAACUGUGGUAUGUUUUCCCCAAAAUUCAGAAAGGAUGGUUUCACCAAAAUUUUUGAAACUGCUUUAUCUGACAAGCAACUUACAAACAAUAGAGUUAGAGGUUUCGUUCGUCAAGAUAUGAUUAAGAAACAAGAACAAGCUAAGAAGUUAAAUGGUGAAGAAACAACUGAAGAGAACUUUGAAGUUGGCAGAAAUCCAUCUAGAAAAACCAAAACUGGUUCUACCUAUAUCUUAUCUACUGAAGUUAGAAACAUUUUAAGAGCUGUUUUUAAAACUGAACAACAAGUUUUACAGUAUGUUUUCCAUGCCAGACCAAAUCUUACUGGUAAGAUAGUUAAAGCUGAUGAUUUCUUUAUGGAUGUUGUUUUGGUUCCACCUACUAGAUUCCGUUUGCCUUCUAAAUUAGGUGAUGAAGUCCACGAGAACAGUCAAAAUCAAUUAUUAUCUAAAAUAUUGACUACUUCAUUGUUAAUUAGAGAUUUGAAUGAUGAAAUUUCAAAAUUACAAAAGGAUAAGGUCGCCUUAGACGACAGAAGAAUUAUUUUCAGCAGAUUGAUGAAUGCUUUCGUCACCAUCCAAAAUGAUGUUAACUCAUUCAUUGAUUCCUCAAAAGCUCAAGGUAAUAACAGCGGAAAGUUACCAGUCCCAGGCGUUAAACAAGCUUUAGAAAAGAAAGAAGGUUUAUUCAGAAAACACAUGAUGGGUAAGCGUGUGAACUACGCUGCCCGUUCCGUUAUUUCCCCAGAUCCAAACAUUGAAACCGAUGAAAUUGGUGUUCCACCCGUCUUUGCUACCAAAUUAACAUACCCAGAGCCUGUCACCUCUUAUAACAUCGCUGAAUUACGUCAAGCUGUUAUCAAUGGUCCAGAUAAAUGGCCAGGUGCUACCCAGAUUCAAAAUGAAGAUGGUUCCUUAGUCUCUUUGAUUGGUAUGACGGUUGAGCAAAGAAAGGCAUUGGCCAAUCAAUUGAUGACUCCAUCAUCAAACCCAGCUACACAUACCUUAAACAAGAAGGUUUAUCGUCAUAUUAAGAACAGAGAUGUUGUUAUCAUGAAUCGUCAACCUACCUUACAUAAGGCUUCUAUGAUGGGUCACAAGGUUAGAGUUUUACCUGGUGAAAAAACUUUACGUUUACAUUAUGCAAAUACUGGUGCUUAUAAUGCUGAUUUUGACGGUGAUGAAAUGAAUAUGCAUUUCCCUCAAAAUGAAAAUGCUAGAGCAGAAGCUUUCAAUUUAGCUAACACUGAUUCUCAAUACUUAACACCUACUUCUGGUUCUCCAGUUAGAGGUUUGAUUCAAGAUCAUAUUUCAGCAGGUGUGUGGUUAACAAGUAAGGAUAGUUAUUUCACAAGAGAGCAAUACCAACAAUACAUUUACGGUUGCAUUCGUCCAGAAGAUGGUCACUCAGCUAAUAAUAAAUUGCUUACUAUUCCACCUGCUAUUAUUAAGCCAGUACCAUUAUGGACAGGUAAGCAAAUCAUUACUACCGUUUUAUUGAAUGUCUCUCCUGUUGACAUGCCAGGUAUUAACUUAAAAUCUAAGAAUAAGAUUAAGGAUGAAUACUGGGGUCAACAUUCCGAGGAAAAUGAGGUUCUAUUUAAGGACGGUGCUUUACUUUGUGGUAUUCUAGAUAAGAGUCAAUACGGUGCCUCUAAAUACGGUAUCGUUCAUGCUUUACAAGAAGUUUACGGCCCAGAAGUUGCCGCUAAGGUCCUAUCUGUUUUAGGUAGAUUAUUUACUAAUUACAUCACAAAUACUGCCUUCACUUGUGGUAUGGAUGAUUUACGUUUAACAGACGAAGGUAACAAAUGGAGAACUGAUAUUUUGAAAACCUCAGUUGAUAGAGGUCGUCAAGCUGCUGUUGAAGUUACUAACUUAGAAAAGGAUACAAGUGCCGACGAUUCAGAAUUAUUAAAACGUUUAGAAGAAAUUUUACGUGAUGAUAAUAAGUCUGGUAUUCUUGAUGCUGUUACUUCUUCCAAGGUCAACGCAAUUACAUCUCAAGUUGUUUCCAAGUGUGUUCCAGGCGGUACCAUGAAGAGGUUCCCAGAAAACUCUAUGCAAUCUAUGGCUCUUUCCGGUGCUAAAGGUUCUAACGUUAACGUUUCUCAAAUUAUGUGUUUGUUAGGUCAACAAGCCUUGGAGGGUAGAAGAGUGCCAAUUAUGGUCAGUGGUAAAACAUUACCAUCUUUCAAGCCUUUUGAAACUGAUGCUAUGGCUGGUGGAUACAUUAAAGGUCGUUUCUAUUCCGGUAUCAAACCACAAGAAUAUUAUUUCCAUUGUAUGGCCGGUCGUGAAGGUUUAAUUGAUACAGCUGUUAAGACUUCAAGAUCUGGUUAUUUACAACGUUGUUUAACAAAACAAUUAGAAGGUGUCCAUGUAUCGUACGAUAAUACUGUAAGAGAUGGUGACGGUACUUUAAUUGAAUUCUUAUAUGGUGGUGACGCUGUUGAUGUUACCAAGGAGUCGUACAUGAAUCAGUUCGAUUUCUGUCUAGACAACUAUGACUCUUUAUUGAAGAGAUAUAACCCAGCUGCAUUGAUUGACUUCUUGGAUGUUGACUCUGCUUUGAAGUAUUCUAAGAAGACAUUAAAACAUAGAAAGAAGAAUAAGAACGUUCCACAUUACUUACAAAAUAUUAAGUAUGAUCCUGUACUAGCUAAGUACAAUCCAGCUAAAUACUUAGGUUCUGUUUCAGAGAAAUUUCAGGAUAAAUUGGAAAAUUUCUUAGAUUCCAAUUCUCAAUUGUUUAAGUCUCACAAGAGUGUUAAUGAAAAGAAAUUCAGAGCUUUAAUGCAAUUAAAGUAUAUGCGUUCUUUAAUUAAUCCAGGUGAAGCUGUUGGUAUUAUUGCUUCCCAAUCUGUUGGUGAACCUUCUACACAAAUGACAUUGAAUACUUUCCAUUUCGCCGGUCACGGUGCUGCUAAUGUUACAUUAGGUAUUCCUCGUAUGAGAGAAAUUAUUAUGACAGCGUCGGCUGCCAUCAAAACACCUCAAAUGACAUUACCUAUUUUAGAUGAUGUUACAGAUGACCAAGCUGAUAUUUUUGCCAAGUCUAUUUCGAAAGUUAUUCUAUCAGAAGUUAUCGACAGUGUAUCAGUUACAGAAACAACUACUUCUCAAUCACGUUCUUAUGUUAUCAGUAUGAAAUUUUACGAGCAAGACGAAUAUAAUGAAGAAUAUGAUAUUUCAAAGGAAGAGUUACAGAACGUUGUUGCUAAUAACUUCUUGACAAGUUUGGAAAUUGCUAUUCACAAAGAAAUUAAGAAACAAAAGAAAACAACUGCUUCUGAUGUUGGUAUUGCUAUUCCAAAGGCUCAAUUAGCAUUAGCCGCUGUAGAAGGCCUAUCGUCGAAAGUUAUGGAGGAUAAUGACGAAGAGCAAUCUCGUAAGAAGACAAAACAAGCUGUUUCUUAUGAUGAACCAGAUGAGGAUGAGAUUGAAACUAUGAGAGAAGCUGAAAAAUCAUCUGAUGAAGAUGCCAUGGGUUCUGACAAGGAUUCUGAUUCUUCAGAUGAUGAAUCUGAAUCGGAUGAAGAAAUAGAAAAAGAAACCACUCCAAUUAAAACAUUGAAUAAGUCACAACGUGACAGACAAUCUGCUAUUAUUUCUAACCACAAAUUUGUAACAAAGUACAACUUCGAUGAUGAAACUGGUAGAUGGUGUGAAUUUAGACUUGAAUUGGCUGCUGAUACUGAAAAGUUAUUAAUGGUGAACAUCGUGGAAGAUGUUUGUAGAAAAUCUGUCGUCAGACAAGUUCCUAACAUCGAUAGAUGUGUUCAUCCAAAUGCUGAAAAUGGUAAGCGUGUUCUAGUCACCGAAGGUGUCAAUUUCCAAGCUAUGUGGGAACAAAAUGAUUUCGUCAAUGUUGAUGGUAUUACUUCAAAUGAUGUUUCUUCAGUAUUAAAGACAUAUGGUGUUGAAGCCGCUAGAAACACUAUCGUUAAUGAAAUUAACAACGUUUUCUCACGUUACGCUAUUUCUGUUUCUUUCCGUCAUUUAGAUUUAAUUGCAGAUAUGAUGACAAGACAAGGUUCUUAUUUAGCUUUCAAUAGACAAGGUAUGGAAACAUCCACUUCGUCAUUAAUGAAAAUGUCUUAUGAAACCACAUGUCAAUUCUUAACUAAGGCUGUUUUAGAUAAUGAAAGGGAAGAAUUGAACUCUCCAUCAGCAAGAAUUGUUUUAGGUAAAUUAAAUAACGUUGGUACUGGAGCAUUUGAUGUCUUAGCGAAGGCUUCUCAUGCUAAUUAA